AUGCCAGAACCAAGUAUUGAGCAGUGGCGUGGUGCAGCAGACAAGUUUUUUACAAAAACUCAAUUUCCCAACUGUGUGGGAGCGGUUGACGGAAAGCACAUACGAUGCGUCAUUCCUAAAAACUCGGGAUCGAUUUAUUUUAACUAUAAGACAUUUUUCUCAAUAGUUCUAAUGGAAGUAGUGGACACAGAAUACUACUUUAUAUCCAUUGAUGUAGGUGCAUACGGACGAAAAGGUGAUUCCACUGUCUUUAAGGAAUGUCCCCUCAGAAGACUUUUAUAUUCGGAACAACUAGGCUUACCGGCAACUGCUUGUUUGCCAAAUACCAGUGACAACCCUCAGCCAUACGUUAUAAUUGGAGAUGAAGCAUUUGGUUUUCAUAAAAAUUUAUUAAGGCCUUUUCCGGGACGUGGUAUUGACCGAAAGGUUGUCAAGAGCGAGAAGGUAUGUAGAGUGUUCUUUUGGCAUACUGGCAAAUAA